UUUCAUAAUCGUUCGUUUUUGAAUAAAAAAAAAUUCCAUACUCAAAGCGCAAUGAAAAAUAAACAGUAUACACGAUGCUUUUAUUAUCAAUAUAAUGAAAUGUCAAGGUCGCCUCGACUUCAAAGUGUCCUAUUAGGCACAAUGUAACAAGUUUCUCUAUAAGCGUAUAUUCUCGCCGGGGGCAUUUUUGCAGUUAUUUUAACAACAUUAAUGAACUGCACUGUGAUAAAUUACAAAUUUUCAUUAACAAUAGAAUGCCCCCAAGUCGUCUUGAUGCCGUCUACAGAAGUAUUUUACUCACGAAAUUUUUCACAAAAGGUUGGGGCAAUCCGGAAAAUUUACGAAGGAUAUUCGAAUUUCGGAAAGUCGUGGCCAAUCGAGAGGCUUGCUAUAAUUUAAUACCUUCUAAUUAUCCUGUAAACAUUACUAAGGACGAAGAAUGGUCCGAUUGUCAUGUAUUGGAAGGUCACUUUCAAUCACCAUUCGAUUAUCAUUUACCGGGAAUAAUGCCAGAGGAGACAAAAACAGCUCAUUUUCAAAUGAUAUUACCAAAGAAGUGGACAUCACAUAAAAUUAAACCCAUUUGUCUGCAUCUUGCUGGCACUGGUGAUCAUUUUUUUUGGCGUAGGAGAAAUUUAAUUGCUAAACCACUGCUCAAAGAAUCGGGAAUUGGAUCUAUUUUGUUGGAGAAUCCUUUCUACGGUUUACGAAAACCUAAAGAUCAAGUUCGUUCCAGUUUACAUAAUGUCUCUGAUAUCUUUAUAAUGGGAGGCUGUUUAAUAUUGGAAUCAAUAGUGUUAUUGAAUUGGUGCGAGCAGCAUGGAUAUAGUCCUCUUGGAUUAACAGGUCUUUCAAUGGGUGGUCACAUGGCUUCAUUGGCAGCGACAAAUUGGCCAAAACCAAUUGUCCUAGUCCCGUGUCUCUCAUGGUCGACGGCAUCGCCAGUUUUCACAGAGGGCGUAAUGAGCGCUUCGAUAAAUUGGGCCUUACUCGAGAAUCAAUAUUUUUCCAAUGAAAUUUAUCAAAAUGAUUUAGCAAAAAUGGUCAAGGUUAUUGAUCAAGACGAUGCCUUCUUGGCAGGACAACAUUUCGCAAAACACUAUCCAGCCAGUAUGGCAAGAAUAACUCGAAUAAGAAACGAAUCGAAAACUACUAAUGCAGAAAUAAAGACGACUAAAAGUAUCAAUGAAACAUCAAAUGGAAAUUCUGCUCCAGUCAAAAACAACAAUAAAGCACAAAAAUACCAAAUUGCCGAAGAAAAAGCCGCAGCGAAAUUAUUUCCUUUAAAUCUAAUUUCUAAUAGAUUUAAAAACGCUGAUGCCGACGCUUUGAAGGGUGUGUGCCUUUUACCAGUUGCGAAACAUCCCCUAUUUUCAGACAGCAAGUGGCGAGAGCAUGAGGCUUAUCAAUUCAUGAGAGGAAUAAUGGACGAAUGCACGCACUUGAAGAAUUUUGAAUUACCAGUUGAUACUGAAUUGAUAAUUGCCGUUUGUGCGAGAGAUGACGCUUACGUUCCACGGGAUGGAUGUAUGAGUCUAGAGGAGAUAUGGCCAGGGGCUGAAGUUCGUUACAUUGACGCCGGUCAUAUUACUGCAUAUCUUCUUCAUCAAAAAUUGUUCCGAUCGACAAUCUCCGAAGCUUUUCAGAGGUCAAUCAAAAAAUAUCCAAUUGACAAUAGUUGAUAAUAAAUAUUUCAGAAUAAUCAAAAUUUAGGGGAAAAAAAAUUUUUUUAUUUUAAACACAAUUAAUUUUAUGUGCGUAAUUUGAAACAUAUUUGUAUUUUAAUUCAAUUUUAAACAAACAACAGAGGAAAAAAACAAUCAACGAGGAAAAAGUAUAUAUGUACAUAUAUAUACAUAUAUAAUAAUAAUAAUAAUAAUAUAUGAGCAAAAGUAUAAUGAACAAAAAAUCUGCCUCAAUAAUAAAAUAAUUGUUAUACACUUGUUAUUUAUGCAAAUAGUCAAUUUUUAAUCAAAAGAAUAAUACUCGAUUUUUUCAUCGAUGCAAACUUUUCAGAAAAAAAAGAAAAGAAAUAAAAAUAGUUCUAAAUAAAGAAUAUAAAAAUUUUUUCAGUCUUUUUUCUAUAAAAAAAAAGUGUUAUCUUACUGUAGAAUAUUUUCCUUCUUUUAAUUUAUGAGGGAAAUAUUAAUACGGUAACGGUUUUGUUUGCAGAAUAAAUUGUUGUGACUUUUCGAAAAAAAAUUAUUAUAAUAUAUACAUUUAUGAAAAUAUUUUUUAUACAGAUAUUUUUUCUUUUUUUUGGAACUAUUUUUUAACACCAAAUGUAAAGUGUUUUUAUAUGUAGAUGUAUACACUUGCAAUAGUUAUUUUACGAUUGCUUUGAGAUUUUAUACUUGAAGUAUAUUUUAAUUCUGUAUAAAUAAAUGACUGUUAUUAAUUAAUUAAAUAUACAGAUUUAAUUUUCA